AUGACACCUUCCACCCCACCAAGGUCUAGAGGCACUAGGUAUCUUACACAACCCAACACCAAUGCCGGUCCGAACGGAAUAAUACAAGCCCAAAGGACCCCUCAAAAGCCUUCGCAGAAUCUGGUCCCUGUUACUCCCUCGACAGCUAGGCCCUUUAAAAAUGCACCGUUACUGGCACCUCCCAAUGCAAAUAUGGGUAUGAGUUCUCCAUUUAAUGGGCUCACUUCACCUCAAAGGUCUCCAUUUCCGAAGCCUUCAGUGAAGAGAACGCUCUUCCAGUUUGAAAGCCAUGACAAUGGAAUUGUAAGAGAAGAGCAGGAACAACUUGGUCGUGUAAAUAGAAUAUUGUUUCCAAAUGGGCAUAAGCAGCAAGAUCAAGAUGAAGAUGAAGAUGAAGAUGAAGAUGAAUGUGAAGAUGAUGAGGUUCUCCUCCCCCCCAGUAGGCCUACCUCUGCCAGGCAGUUACAUCUAUCAAUCGGUAAAGAUGAGUCUGAACAAGCGCAUAAUAGGAAGAUCAUCAAAGAUGUACCCGGUACGCCCAGCGACAAGGUGAUAACGUUUGAACUGGCCAAAAAUUGGAACAACUAUUCCCCGCAGAACGGCUCCACUAGUCAAGACGAGGAAGACGUCAUAGUCAGACCGGCACGAGUGAACAAAAAUCCCUUUCUAUCCGAUGAAGUGGUCACUGAGGAGAUCAGAAAUGAACGCAGGAGAGCAUUGUUGGAGGAGAAUCCGGAUAUAGAUGAUGUGGUAACGUAUCUUAAUAAGAAGGGAGAGAUUGUAGAAAAACGAAGGCUGACAAAUGAAGAGAAAAGAAGACUAAAACCAAAGGCGUUGUUCCAAUCUAGGGAUCAAGAGCAUUGA